GCCCCCGCCAAGACGAUUAGGUCUUGUCCCCGGACCACGGAAGCAAACCCAAUCUAGGGUAGACAAUGCAUAUCGACACGACCCUGGCCUAUAGCAGCAGCGUAUAAAGGUAUCUGAGGUCUCAGUCCGAAGUUUGAAGAUGCAUUGAGACAGCCACACCUUUCAACCGUCACAUCGAUUCAGUUGUCAUCAUCAUUCACAAUGUUGGCUUCUCUCGCCCUCGUUCUCAGCACUGCGCUCAGCGCCACCGCCCACUACACUCUGCCUCGUGUUGGCAAUGGCGCUGACUGGCAGCACGUCCGUCGCGCUGACAACUGGCAGAAUAACGGUUUCGUCGGCAGUGUGACCUCUCCACAAAUCCGAUGCUUCCAGAACUCGGUAGCUGGAGCUUCGCAAACCUACAACGUCAGCGCCGGCUCUCAGUUGACUUACUAUGUCAACCCCAACGCCUACCACCCUGGACCGAUGCAAUUCUACUUGGCCCGCGUGCCUGAUGGACAGGACGUCACCAGGUGGGAUGGAUCCGGCGCUGUCUGGUUUAAGAUCUACCAUGAACAGCCCACAUUUGGCCAACAGCUCGGCUGGCCCAGUUUGAACAAGGGAUCAUUCCCCGUCACCAUCCCGCGUUGCAUCCGCUCUGGUUACUACUUGCUCCGUGCUGAGCACAUCGCCUUGCACUCUGCUUCCAGCCCCGGAGGCGCCCAGUUCUACAUCUCCUGCGCCCAGAUCGGAGUCACCGGUGGUGGUAACACUGAGCCCAGCAACAAGGUUUCCUUCCCCGGUGCCUACUCCGCCAGCGACCCCGGCAUUCAGAUCAACAUCAACUGGCCUAUCCCUACUUCCUACCGGAACCCUGGCCCUCCCGUCUUCCAGUGCUAAAGGAUGAGCAUUCUUUGCUCAGGUUUCUGGCCCCUCAUUACUCCUGACGCACGGACCAAGUGAUGAUUGCCAUGCCGACCGCAACAGAUCUCAACAGGGCUGGCGCCCGCCGUUUGUCUUUGGAAGAGAGAGAUAUGUGGACUUCAUUGUAUAUAUCGAUAUUAUUGUCGCGUACAUAUCAAUUUCGUGUCUUGCACACAGC